AAGGAGGUCGUGCGAGAUAUUAAGAGCGCACUUGAAUCAACCGACGGACUCCUCUUCAUCGUCCUCUUCCUCAUCUCUCUCUCUCUGCAUUCACAUCUGUUCUCGAGCUGAAGAGAGUUCUCUAGAUCCUUUUGAAAUCUCUGCAAUUGAGAUCUCACAGACGACGUAGAGGAACGUAUCGAGAAUCCAUCUGCAUCUUAUACGCGGUUUAGGUGGGGGAGGGAGGUUUUGGUUCGGGGAAUGCGUCACUGAGCUGAUCUAAUAACUCAAUUGAGCUUUGGGGGGAGAUAGGCUGAUGAAGAACGGGAUGGCUGAGUGCAGCGUGUGUCGUUCAAGGUUGGUUUCUCCCAGUGCCAAAGCUAUAGCCAGAGCUUAUGAUAACCGCAAGAUUAGAGUUUCAUCUAAACAACGAGCUCUCAAUGUUUUUUUGGUUGUCGGUGACUGCAUGCUUGUUGGUUUACAGCCUGUGUUAGUGUACAUGUCUAAAGUGGAUGGAAAGUUCAAUUUUAGUCCUAUUAGCGUCAACUUCUUGACGGAAAUCGCCAAGGUUAUGUUUGCGUUUGUCAUGCUUCUGAUCGAGGCCAGGCAUCAAAAAGUUGGGGAGAAGCCUCUACUAUCGUUUUCCACAUUUGUCCAGGCAGCUCGGAACAACGUGCUUCUCGCUGUUCCAGCAGGGUUGUAUGCCAUUAAUAACUAUCUAAAAUUCACAAUGCAGCUAUAUUUCAAUCCUGCAACUGUGAAGAUGCUCAGCAAUCUUAAGGUUCUGGUAAUUGCUGUACUACUGAAGAUGAUAAUGAAGCGACGGUUUUCCAUCAUACAGUGGGAAGCACUUGCUCUGUUGCUGAUAGGGAUUAGUGUAAAUCAGCUGCGUUCUCUUCCUGAAGGUGCUACUACUAUUGCUGUUCCAAUUGCUACGGGUGCAUACUUCUGUACCUUUAUCUUUGUUACUGUCCCAUCCUUGGCAUCUGUCUACAACGAGUAUGCUUUAAAGAGCCAGUAUGAGACGAGCAUUUAUCUUCAGAACUUAUUCCUUUAUGGUUAUGGUGCAAUAUUCAACUUUCUUGGAAUACUAGGAACUGUUAUAUAUAAAGGUCCGGCCAGUUUUGACAUCCUGCAAGGACAUUCUAGGGCUACCGUGUUUCUGAUAAUGAACAACGCAGCACAAGGGAUUCUAUCCUCCUUUUUCUUCAAAUACGCAGAUACAAUAUUGAAGAAAUAUUCAUCCACGGUUGCCACAAUAUUUACUGGCAUAGCAUCUGCAGCACUCUUUGGACAUGUAUUAACCAUGAAUUUUCUUCUGGGCAUUUCUAUAGUUUUCAUUUCAAUGCAUCAGUUCUUUUCACCCCUUGCAAAAGUGAAAGAUGAGCAACAAAACGGAAACCUAGAAAUAGUUAAUGCAAAGGAUGGUCAUAGGGGUAAAGACUCAUUCAUCAACAUGGCAGCAGGAGCAAAUGAAGAGGCUACUCACCGUGUUGAAUCGAAUGAUAGAGAGCCACUUCUUCCCAGAUAAAACUCUCUCACCGAUUUUGUUUCACAUAAUUCUUUAAGCCAAGAUUAUUUAGAGACCAGGGACGUUACCGUAUACCACCUUGUUCCAAUGCAAUAAACAUGUAUUCUUUUGCAUUUCAGACACAACAAAAUCAAAAAACAGCUCGUUAUAGCAGUUAUGUAUUUUUUUGCAGA